AUGGACUCGUGGGACGCGGGGCUGGCGGGGCUGCUGGCCGGCACCAUGGGCGUGUCGCUGCUGUCCAACGCGCUGGUGCUGAUCUGCCUGCUGCACAGCGCCGCCCUCCGCCGCCCGGCGCCCGCGCUCUUCACGCUCAACCUCACGUGCGGGAACCUGCUGAGCACCGCGGUCAACAUGCCGCUCACGCUGGCCGGCGUCGUGGCGCAGCGCCAGCCCGCGGGCGACCGCCUGUGCCGCCUGGCCGCCUUCCUGGACACCUUCCUGGCCAGCAACGCCAUGCUCAGCAUGGCCGCGCUCAGCAUCGACCGCUGGGUGGCCGUGGUCUUCCCGCUGAGCUACCGCGCCCGGAUGCGGCCCCGCGACGCCGCGCUCAUGGUGGCCUACACGUGGCUGCACGCGCUGGCCUUCCCCGCCGUGGCGCUCGCGCUGUCCUGGCUCGGCUUCCACCCGCCCUACGCGUCCUGCACGCUGCGCAGCCGGCGCCCCGACCCGCGCUUCGCCGUCUUCUCCGGCGCCUUCCACGCGCUCAGCUUCCUGCUCGCCCUGCUCGUGCUCUGCGGCACGUACCUCAAGGUGCUGCGCGUGGCGCGCGCCCACUGCCGGCGCAUCGACGUGAUCACCAUGCAGACGCUGGUCCUGCUCGUGGACAUCCACCCCAGCGUGCGGGAGCGCUGCCUGGAGGAGCAGCGGCGGAGGCGCCAGCGGGCCACCAGGAAGAUCAGCACCUUCAUAGGGACCUUCCUCCUGUGCUUCGCGCCCUACGUCCUCACCAGGCUGGUGGAGCUGUCCACCACGGCGCCCAUCGCCGCGCACUGGGGGGUGCUGUCCAAGUGCUUGGCCUACAGCAAGGCCGCGUCCGACCCCUUCGUGUACUCGCUGCUGCGCCACCAGUACCGCCAGAGCUGCAAGGAGAUCCUGGCCCGGCUCUUCCACCGGCGCGCCCUGCGCUCCUCCGGCCUGGCCGGCGGCUCCCACAGCCAGAACACCCUGCCCGUCGCCGAGUGA